GUGGACCAUGAUAUCCUCUCUCGGCGUGUUUGUUUGUACCUGACUUCGGAAAUAGUAUAACGAUCCGAACUGGUUGGGAUUACAUGAAGCUUGUCAAGCCCUUUAUCUUGGAGAAUCUAGCUCUGCAGUUGUAGCGGGAACAAAUCUCAUUUUGAGCCCAAGUAUAACUAAAAUUAUGUCGGGUAACAUGGUCAUAUCAGAAAGUGGUAUGUGCCGAAGCUUCGACGAAAGCGCCGAUGGAUACGGGCGCGGAGAAGCAAUCAAUGCAAUCUAUAUCAAACGCUUGGAUGAUGCUAUUCGCGCUAACGACGACCCUAUUCAUGGAAUCAUUCGGGGCACUGCGUCCAACAGUGAUGGAUGGAAGCCAGUAUUUACUGCUCCAGAUUUACUCUCUCAAGAGAGUCUGAUUCGUGCGGCAUAUCGCAUUGCCAACAUUAGCGACAUAUCCAAGACAGCAUAUUUCGAAUGUCAUGGGACAGGGACAGCUGUCGGUGAUUCUGUAGAGUUAUCUGCUAUUGCCCGUGUGACAAAAGGGGGUUCAGUAUCUAUUGGAUCGGUAAGCUUCCCUUCCUAUCCUGAUUAGAUAUCGACGUCUCAUGAUGCCUAGCUAAUACCAAUAGACCAAACCCAACGUCGGUCAUUCGGGGGGAGGGAUCAGCCGCUGGAUUUCUUCCUU